AUGCCUUUAAGUAGUAAAUCGUUGCGCCGGCGCAGACAGAACUCCGAUAAGUAUGCGAUGGAUCCCGCCCGGGAAUUGAACCUGCGAUUCGCGAGACCGAGACAUCGACCCUUCGCGCAGCCGCCCGCCAAGGCGGAGUCCAGCCGGUCGGGCUCGUCAUCGUCGGGCUCCCCACCUCCCGCGGGGAGCUCGCCGGCGCCCCCGCCCCCCGCGCCUCCCCCCACCGCACCGACCCACAACGCCGCCAGGGCCAGGCGAUUCCGGCCGCUCUCCAUCGCGCCCUAG